ACAUUUUAAUUCAGUCAUUCUUUCUUAUUCAGGGUUGAGUGCACAUCUCUCUCUCUCUACGCGCACACACACACAUAUUCCCAAACUACAUCUACAUCCCACAAUCCAUCCUUUUCUUUAACAUUGCUCAAGUCAUUAUGGAAACUGAUUGGAAUACGAAGGCUCUAGAGUUCAUUGAAGAGAUGACCAAAAAUGCUGGUGAAGUCCAGAAGAUGGUCUUGGCAGAUAUACUAAAACAGAAUGGUGAAACUGAGUAUCUACAACGAUUCAAUCUUGAUGGUGCAACUGACACUAAGACAUUUACAUCCAAAGUUCCAUGUAUUACUUACGAGGAUAUUCGGCCUGAAAUUCAGCGUAUGGAAAACGGUGAUCGUUCCGCAAUCUUGACUGCUCUACCUGUUUCUGACUUUUUGCUCAGCUCUGGGACGACAUCAGGUAAAAGAAAACUGAUCCCUAUGCCCGAAGAAGAAUGGAAUCGUCGUCAGGUUCUAUCAAGUCUUGAGAUACCAGUCAUGAACGUCUAUGUUCCAGAUUUGAACAGGGGAAAAGGGCUGUAUUUCUACUUUUCAUGGCCAGAGAUAAGGACCCCAGGAGGACAGAUGAUACUAACAGCCCUUAAUAAAUACUACAGAAGUGAACACUUCAAGAACCAAAGACGUGAUCCAUACACCCAAUAUACAAGCCCCUAUGAAAGUGUCUUGUGCACAGAUUAUGUCCAAAGCAUGUACGUCCAAUUGCUGUGUGGGCUUUAUCAACACAAGCAAAUCAACCGGGUUGGUACUUCUUCGGCUUCAGCUCUACUUCGAGUCAUUAAGUUUUUUAAACUCAAUUGGCAAGAUUUGGUUCUUGACAUUAGAGUUGGAUCACUCAAUCCCAAAAUAACUUACGAGCCACUUCGAGAAUGCAUGGCUCGAAUCAUGAAAUCCGAUCCAGAACUUGCAGAUUUUUUAACCAUUGAGUGCUCUGGAGAGAAUUGGGAAGGAAUUAUUCAAAGAAUUUGGCCUAAUGCAAAGUAUCUCCAAACUAUAAUCACUGGUUCAAUGAUCCAAUAUGCUCCCUCACUCGAUUAUUAUAGCGGCGGGCUACCCAUUGCAACUACCAAGUAUGCAUCCUCUGAGUGUUGCUUCGGAAUUAACCUCAACCCCAUAUCCAAACCUGAAGACGUGUCAUUUACUUUCAUGCCAAACUUAGCCUAUUUCGAAUUUAUACCGCAGGAACAUCAUUCUUCCAAGAUGGAUAUCGUUAAUAGUACUGUUACAACUCCUGACCUUAUUAAUCUUGUGGAUGUCGAAGUUGGCAAGGACUAUGAGGUCGUGAUUACUACACAUGCCGGAUUGUACAGGUAUCAAAUGGGCGAUAUACUUAGAGUAACAGGAUUUCAUAAUUCGGCACCAAAAUUCAAGUUCUUGAGGAGGAAAGGUGUGCUAUUGAGCAUUGAAGUGGAUAAAACAGAUGAGGUUGAGUUACAAAUGGCUAUGGAUAAUGCAUCCCAAAUUCUCCAAGAAUACAAUGUAAGCUUGGUUGAUUAUACAAGUCAUGCAAGUAAAAAGAUAGCUCCAGGGCAUUAUGUUAUAUAUUGGGAGUUGUCAGUUGGGGACUCGGACAAGAAUGCACAGAGUGAUGAGGUUAUCAGCCGUUGCUGCCAAAUAGUUGAGAACUCAUUCAGCUUAAUAUACAAACAAUAUCGAGUGCACGGAGCAAUUGCACCACUGGAAAUUCGUCUGUUAAAGAAUGGUACAUUUCAGGAUCUUGUGGAGCUUGCUGUCUCUAGAGGGGCUUCUAUUGGUCAAUAUAAGGUGCCUAGAUGUGUAGAAACUGGACUAGUCUUAGAGUUUCUUGAUUCGAGAGUAGUUUCCAGUCAUUUCAGCCCAUGUUUGCCUUCUCUGGCUUCAGAAGAAUCUGAAGAGUGACUCGUGGAUAUUAGAAAAAAUAUGUAGCAUUUCUUAUUGUUUCUUUACUGUCAAAGUGUACUAUUUUGGAGCUAUUAAUCCUAAUAUCAUGGGUGACCUUCCUAGUUACUAGAUCAA